AUGACGACAGUACCGCCGCGCGAAUCGUCGACGCUGGAGGAUAUUAAUGGUGCUCUGGUGGCCGAAAGAUCCAAGAAGGCAUACGCCACGGGAAUCCGUCAAGUUGUCAAGUGGAUCCAGCACACCGAUCAAGCCAAUGAGCUACUCAAGGCAGACGGCUCAAUCAACCUGGCAACGUUCUCAACACUGCUGUGA